AUGAGCUUUAGCGUUACCAAAGAAGAGGCCGAGGCUGCCGCCGCCAACAGCCCUGAUAUCGAACUAAGAGAACAAGAUCGUUGGCUUCCUAUAGCCAAUGUGGCCAGACUUAUGAAAUACACAUUACCUGCAACAGCCAAGGUCAGUAAAGACGCCAAAGAAUGUAUGCAAGAGUGUGUUUCUGAGUUUAUUUCAUUCAUAACAAGUGAAGCCAGCGACAAGUGUCUUAGGGAUAAAAGAAAGACCAUCAAUGGUGAAGAUAUUCUCUAUUCGAUGCACGAUUUGGGAUUUGAAAAUUAUGCCGAAGUACUCAAGAUCUACUUGGCCAAGUACAGAGAGCAGCAGGCGCUCAAACAAGAACGAGGUGAGACCAAGGUUUCGAAAAAGCAGGCAAAGAAGAAGGAAGCACUGCUACAAGAGGAGGAUGUUUUCUUGAAAGCGGAGCACGACGGUGGUGAACAGCAACAAGUCGAACAUGGUGAGCAUAUCAAUAAUGAAGACGAGGUGAAAAAUGGCGAUAACCAUGAUCACGAACAGGAUCCUUCAAGCUUACCGCCACUCGAAUACGACGGCCAAGACAAAAAUGGACAUUCUCCGGAUUAUUUCCAUCAAUACAAUGCUGGCGAAAACGGCCAGCCCGACGAACAUAAUGACAUGAACUUAAAAGACGGUCUAGAAGUUGACGUCAACCUAGAUCACGGUCCCGAAAUUGACAUAGGAGAUGAAAGGUAUGAUGGCUUCAUCAACGGUCAGGAAGAUGGCUUACAUGACGAUUCCAAAGAAAAUGGGAAGACCCACGGUCGUACCGACAGCGGCAGUGAAGACUUGAGCAAACUAGCUGGACACGACGAUAUUAAUCUUUCGAUGGCUGAUCGGGACUAUUAUUGA